CUUGGACGUCCCCACGCUGCAGCUGUGGAGUUCUUUGACAGAAUCCUCCCGCUAGAAUUGCCGCCCGGCAACACUAGCAUGCCCCUGCACAUCUUCAAGGCCUCCCUCUGGCAUGCCAUUUGGAGCCAUGCAAAUAGUACUCAGUUAAUGACCUUGCCAAGCGUUUUCUCGAACUACAUCUUUGAGCAUCUGGACAAUGAAGCACGCCUUUUGAUGGCCUUCUUCCUGAUUGCACCCGUGCUGGGUACUUUGAACCUCGGGUGUCAGACUCAAGUCCAUCAGGUUCGUCUGCGUUAUUGA